AAUUUUUAGUAACACGAAUUGUUGGUUUCACGUCUUGCUCUCAAAUUUAAAAUUAUCUCUGCUUAUAAAACACCAAAUUCCUGACAAGAAGCUUGAGUAUGUUGGAGUGUAUUUUAUUUUAGAUAGAAAUCGACACUCGAUCCUUAAUAUAAUUUUUGCGUGCAAUGGGAUUUUUUGCCGAAAGCUGAAUAUUUUGAAACUUGCCUAGCAAGAUGGAUCGGACAAACUUUGCUAUGACUUCCUAUAAACAGACGACGGUCCAGACGUUUUUCGAGGUCAGUCCUGUUCGAAAGGUCAAGUCUGCACCUUCAGGAUCUGCAAAAAUGUCUAUGGGCGACGUAGAGGAAGAAAAACCAGAAUUGGUCUUAAAACCGUUUGCUGCAAAACCAAGAAUUGUGUUCAAAGGAGUUCUUGUUGGUAGCACAAAGUGCCAAAGUUUCCUGAUCACAAAUCCAGAUUCUAGUGAUUUGGCGGUUGAGAUCACAGUUCCAGACUGCUUCAUUCAAGUAGAGUCAAGUCAUUUCCAUGUCCCAGCCAAAUCGUCCAUCGAAGUCAACCUUACUUGGAGCCCACAAGAGAAGGGAACAUUUUCAGAGUCAAUCCAUGUGAAAGAUAGCAAAGGACGACGUGGAAUGGUGUCUCUAGCACUUGAAGCUUUGGUUCCCAUGCCAAAAAAAGGUUUGAAAAAGUCUGCUUCAAUGAGGCCUUCUGUCAAAGGUCCUCCAACUGUGAAAUCGAGGGUCCAAAAGCCAGUGCCUUUAAAAAAAGCAAAGCCUGCUUGGCAAAACUCGUUCCCUUCUGACGUCCCUAGAGAGGUUCUCAAACCUGUUCUUGCUUCUGCUCAGCAAACACAACCAUGGAAUAAUUAUGAAACUGAAUUGCCUGUUGAAAGUGAACCAGCUUGCAACACCCCUCUCCGAAGGGAAACAUUUCUUGUGAGUGGGAAAGAAAAUGAUGGCUCACCAGCUCUUCCAAAAACUCCUGCAUUUGGGAACAUGUCUGCUGACAGUCUUGAUAUGUCUCCUAAAGUCAAGAGCACCACUAAACGACUAAGACACUUUAAGACAAGACCGGAUGUGCAGGACCUUCUAAGAGAGUUUAUGAUCAGCCCACAAGUGAAUAACUUGGCUUCUGUGUCUGAGGAAAAUUCCAUCUUGGAAUCCAGGAACGACUUUGCUGAUUUUGAUCCUACACUUCCGUCAAUCAGUGAAAUUGAGACUCCUAGCUUCGAAGCCCGCCGUUGCUCCACGGCUUUCAAACAACUCUCUGCUGAAAUGAUUCGUAAGCCCAAAGGAGUCUCGCCAAGAGAGCUGUUUCAGUUGACAAUGCAUCAGGAGGUGCCAGAGAGUCGUUUAAGCAGCGCCACAUACAUUGCCGAUCGAAGAGAAAGCAAUGAAACCUAUGUAGCUGACAGAAGAGUGAGCAACGAGACUUACGUGGCCGAAGGUAGGCUCAGCACAGACACAUACGUCCUAGGCAAAUUAGACAGCUUCGAAGGAGCAUCUGGCGAUUUGACAGUUCUUCAAAACUUAGUCUGUUCUCCAGGACUACAACCACUUGCAGCUGGUGCUGGAUGUGAAAUCAUCACGGCGGAAAAGAUAUCUGAAGCUUGGGAAACAAAGCAAACUGGAGAAACUAGUGAGGUUGACAUGGUUGAUGUUCAUAUCCCUCUGGACAAAGAGGUGUCAGGCAAUUCGCCUCAAUGUUCUGAAAAUGGAACACCUACUGUAGAUGCACCGUCGACUCCUGACCGAACGAUCAGUUUGCCAGACCCUGCAUUGACUUAUACAGAGAAAAAGAGUAGAAAACGAUUUGGCAGUGAACUAGAAUAUGUUCAGUUCCAGUUGCACAGCUCUUUGGACCAAGAAAAUGGAGAAGAUCUGCCAAGGUACAACUUGAGAUCAUCUGGGAAAGUGGUCCAUGUCCAAGAAGUCCAGUCUCUAGCUUCUGUCACAAUGGACAUUUCACCACCAAAAAAAUUUAAACUGCCCACUCUUGGCUCGACUGAGAAGUGCAGUAACCAAACCUUCAUUCAUAGUACACAGAAGGCUGACAAAACGUUUGUGCUUACGUCUGCAGCAUCUGCCUUAUACAUUCCAUUUGGUACUAAAAAGAAGCUCAUUCUGGAAAAGCCUGCUAGUUCUGCCACAAAUAAGCAAACGGCCGAUGUUGAGUUUGACGCACUCCCAAACACGGUUGAUGACAUCUUGAUGGACUUUGCAAUGGCUAAAAUGUCUACGCCGGGACUUUUAGAGGACCCAUUCUACAUGAACCCACUUUUGAAUGAUGCCAUAUUAAAUAAGUUUGAAAUCGACUUCAAAAAGUGGCUCAACUCUGUGUUGACUCCACCUGAAGAGCUGGAGUCAAACGAUCUGAUCAAAGUAAAUGCAGCAGAAAUGUGGGCUCAAAGCACCAAAACUGUUGACACUUCCCUGGCACCAAGUAAAGAAAUGGUCUCAUCUAAAUAUCUCUCUGUCAAGUCUCGUCUUGAUCAGCUAAGGCACGCAGCAUAUUUACUGUUUAGCAAACAUGAAAUGAAGACUGUCCUGUGUUGCGUUAACUCUAGAGUGGACAGUGGAAACAUCAAAAUCAGGCAAGACAAAGCUCUGCAUAUUGACCAAGGAUUAAAACAUGGUGUCCUAAAUUUGUUCAUGAGCUACAAUCCUUUGUGGCUGAGGAUCGGAUUGGAAACCGUUUGUGGAACUCUGAUUCCCAUGAGAUCAAACACUGAUGUGCAAACGCUGUCCUAUUUCUUGAUCACAAGGAUACUCUCUCCAGAGGCAGUUGUGGGCAAAUCUUAUUUGCUGCUUAAAGAUGAGUGCAGACAGAAAUACAACAGAUUUGUUGUCAAAAAAUUCCUUAUGCUUGUAUACUUCUUGGACAAGGCCAAAUGCUUGAAGUUGAUUCGCCAUGAUCCUUGCCUCUUCUUGAAAAACUCUACCGUCAAGACAAGUAAAGAUAUGUUGACUUCUUUCUCUCGAAUGGUCCUUGCUGGUGAGGGUGACAUCACAAAACAUUUGGGCUACAUGGGCUACAAAGUUAGCCACGUCCAAGGCUACCUUGACGAGUUCAAAUUUUCUGUCGAGCAUUUAGGAGUUGACUUAAGAGAUGGUGUCAGGCUAGUGAGAGUCGUUGAACUUGUCACAGGAUCAACUGGUUCCAGUGCAAAGCUGAGAGUUCCUGCAAUUUCUCGACUUCAGAAAAUCCACAAUGUUGAACUUGCCCUGAAGCGUCUGGAGGCUAAUGGUUUUUCAGUUAAAAAUUUGACAGCCCAGGACAUUGUGAUGGGACACAGAGAGAAGACAUUGUCUUUGAUUUGGCAGAUUAUUCACGGCUUUCAAGUUCCACGUUUCAACAAAGCUGCUUUAGUCAUUCAAAGGUGGUGGCUGCGCCCUUCCCUCAGAACUGCCGUUCAUCGCAGAAUACAGAGGAAGCAAAUCUUGCAUGCCACAGUCGUAUUCCAAAAGUUCACUAGGGGAUACCUGUGCCGCAAAAACCUGGAUAAGCUGAGGGCACAGAUCAAGAAUGAAAGGCUGAGAACUCGUAGCGCAACUGUCAUCCAAAGAGCUUGCAGACAGUUUUUUCUGAAGAGACGGGUAGCACUCAUGGCUCGCAGAUACAAAGAAAAUGAGGCUGCCCGGAAAAUUCAGUCUGCGUUUCGAAUGUACAAGGCUAGAGGAGUUUUGUUGCACUUGAGGGAGGAAGCUGUCAUUGAAGCGACUGCCAAACGAGAGACGGCAGCAAUGAAAAUCCAGGCCAGUUUCAGAAGAGUUGCUGCACAAAGGAAGCUACAGGCGUUGAAGUUUGAAUAUACUAAGAAAGUUGCUGCGGCUUUGAAAAUCCAAUGCUUCUGGAGGCAAAGCACUGCCAUUCAAAAGUUGCAGCACCUCAAAGCUGAAAUGCAGAUGAAGGUACAUGCAGCAAAAGUGUUGCAGAGCAUUUGGAGAAUGAAAAAAGCUCAAGCGGAGCUGAAGAAAUUGAAAAAAGACCAACUAGAGAGGCAGUUUUUGGCAGCCUCAGUCGUGCAGAGAUCCUGGCGAUGCUAUACUGCUCGAAAGAUGUUGCAACUCCUCAGAUUGAAGAAUGAGCAGAGAAGGACGUCGGCUGCCUUAACAUUGCAAGCGGCAUGGAGAUGCGUCGUUGCCAGAAGAUUGUUGCAAGAGCUGAGACUGAGGAACAGUGCUGCUAUCAAGAUCCAGUGCGCUUGGAAGUGUUUGUUAGCCACAAGAAUUUUGCAUAAAUUGACAGAUGAAGAACAUAAAAAGAAGGCUAACGCUGCCAGCACUAAAAUUCAGUGCGCUUGGAGAUGUUUGGUUGCGAGGAGAGUUUUGCAGCAGUUGAAGGCUGAUGAAGAAAAAAGGAGAGCUAAUGCAGCUAGCACUAAAAUUCAGUGCGCUUGGAGAUGCUUCAAAGCAAGAGAAGCAUUAGCACACCUAAAAGCCAUGGAUCUUGACAGGAAAAAUUCUGCUGCUUCAAAGAUUCAGUGCUUCUGGCUUUCAUACGUAGCUCAGAAGGAGUUAGCGAGGCUCAAAUUUUUGCAGCAUCAAAAGAGAGAAGCUGGAGCUCUCACCAUCCAGUGCGCCUGGAAGAGUUAUUUGGCUCGAAAAAUCCGAAACGGACUGCGUCUCCGCGCACUUCAAAACUCCGCAGCUCUCACAAUCCAGUGCUCUUGGAGACGAUUUGCUGCAAAGAAACUAUUAGCUCACCUUGUUCAAGAAAACAUUGCUAAGGGAAAUGCUGCAACCACCAUUCAGUGCAGCUGGCGAUGCUUCAAAGCAAGACAAGAAUUGGAAACACUGAAACGAGAGGCGGCAGCUUUGGUUUUGCAAUGUAGUUGGCGAUCCUUUGUGGCCAGACAAAUUUUGCUAACACUCAAGACCGCUGCACGAGAAGCAGCUGCACUGAAGCUGCAAUGUUCUUGGAGGAGCUACUCUGCCAGACGUACACUGCAAAAACUGAAAGAGGAAUUUGAGCAAAUGAGGGCCCAUCUUGCAGCCGUUAAAAUUCAGACGGCUUGGAGAUGCUACUCUGCCAGGCAGACACUUGCUCGCUUAGUUGAGGAAGACAUAGAGAGAAAAACAAAGGCUGCGACCUUGGUCCAGAAGAGAUGGAGAGGAAAGGUUGCCAGGCGCUAUGUGCAGCAAAUGAAGAGGGAGUUGGAAAUCAAGAGAAACACUGCAGCAACCGUCAUUCAGUGUACUUGGAAAUGCUUUGCAGCCAGAAAGGCGCUCUGCCAGCUUCGUGAAGAACAUGACAGGAGACGAAGCGCGGCAACCAAAAUUCAAUGCUUCUGGAGACGAGCGUCUGCCCAGAAAACGUUGGAACAUUUGAAGGUGCAAAAGUUCAAUCGAAUCAGCUAUGCUGCCACUGUUAUCCAACUGGCGUGGAGAGGCUUUGCAAAAUUGAGGCAUGAAAAGAGGACUCAAGCAGCACUGAGGAUUCAAACAUUCUGGCGAAUGAAGUUGGCAAUGAAGGAGCUUGCUGAAUUGAAAAUUCAGAGAUUCGUGUUGAUGUCCUCUGCUGCCACACUAAUCAAGUCAUAUUGGCGGAGACAUGUUGCUAUGAAGCAGCUCACCUUCCUAAAGGCUCAAAGGAGAAAGAAUGCAGCAGCUCUGAAAAUCCAACUCUUUUGGAAAAGAUACAUUGCUGAUCGAGAGCUUUCCAAUUUGAAACAAGAAAAACUGGCAAAACUUAACCAUUCUGCAGAAGUCAUUCAGUGUGCUUGGCGGUGCUUCCUAGCCCGGAGGAUUUUGCUGCAGCUGCGGGAAUUAGCUCAGAAACAAAACAACUCAGUAAUUAAAAUUCAGCGUGCUUGGAGACGCCAUGCAGCUCAGAAACGUUUAUCUGAGUUGAAAAGUGAAUUUGCCAGAAAGCAGUGUGCUGCUGCCACUAGGAUCCAGUGCGCUGUCCGCUCCUUUUUGGCUAAACGAGUCUUACUUAGACUUAUUCAUAAGAAGAGAUCUGACGCAGCCAUCAAGCUGCAAUCCCAAUUUAGACGCCUGCAAGCUGUGCGAGAAUUGUCAAAACUCAAGCAGGAGCAAUUGGAGAAGAGAAAGGGAGCUGCUGUCACAAUACAGAAGUUCUUCCGCGGACAGCAGGCUCGUCUGCAGGUCCAGAAAAUAAGAGCUGAAGUGGCAAAGAUGAAGGCUUAUGAAGUGCAAAACAAAGCUGCUUUUAAACUUCAAAACUUCUUCCGGAUAUUGCUUUGGCAAAGGGCUGUUGCAACCACAAAUCUUGUCAGAAAGGAGUUGAUUGGAGUGGAGACUGAAUUGGGAAUGUGGGAAAGGAUCCUACUUCAAGACGAUGCAACUUUCCUUAGUUUCAGGAUUUUAUUGUCUGUUCUCAGAAGCCAACGCGCUCUUAGAAAUAAACACCACCUGUAUGCAAAAUUUAUUCAACAAAAGUGGCGGACAUAUUAUGCUCCAAAAAUGAAGGCUGCUACAAAGAUUCAGGCUCUCUGGCGUGGGUACAAGUGCAGAGAGAAAAUUAGACAAGCUGCGAUGGCCAAGAAAGCUGUUGUUAUCACAGAUCAUCAAGUGCAGCAGGAAAUCAAACUAGACCAAAAGGUUGCAUUGCAGUUGGUUAAAAAGUGCGACCAGAUUCAAGAGGCCAGCAAAAAUGUCACCGAGGAACAAACUGUCGGAUACAAGAUCCUUUACGCUCUUCAAAAUUGGCAGAAGACGUUUGACUUUGAAAUUGGAACAUAUACACUAUUUAAUGGUUGUCUUGAAGCCUCUGGCUCAUUAGUAAUGCUGAUCCUACCAGGGAUACCAAUGGUGGUUGAAGGAUUUUUGGGCAAUAACCGGUCUGUGCCUGCUAUGAAAUUGGCUGUUUUAGCAUCGGAGAUUUUACUGAGCGUCGUCAAGUUUCCUGAAGCAUUGCCAGAUUUGAAAAAGGUAUACAAAAUGAUUGAUGCCGUUUUGUUCAACUUAAAAGUUUCCACUGCUAAUGACAAACUGUUCCUGAAUUGCUGCACCAUUCUUUGGGUUCUAGCCCAUGAUGAAGAAAUGAAAAAGAAAAUUUUAUCCACCAAAGGCAUAGAUUAUCAACUCCGUUCUGUUAAGCCUAAAGAAGGGAAACAAACUAGAGGGAAUAGCAGAGUCGCUGUUGAGUUACCAAGCUUGAAACUGCACAAGCAGCCCAGAUGCUUCUCCAACAAGCAGCAUGCUUACCAAGCCCUAAUCAAGAAACUUGGAAUGCAACCUUAAAAUCAGACUUCUUGUGUGCCAACUGCGACUUGCUAACAACUAUGAAAUAUGUUUAUUUUAAUAUUGACAAAUUUCCUGCACUUAUAUUGCUAAGGAAAAUGUUUUAAAGGGUGCCUUAAGCUUCUCCUUUUACGUGCUAUCACAUUGCUUAAUAUGAAUUAAGAGAAAAAGUUUUGUAAUCUCAACAGAUAUACUUAUAAUAAAAGUUUUCUAACUAUCUCUUAUGUUUUUAAAUAAAGUACUAUAUAACAUGAAAAUAUUUGGAGUAAUCGUC